ACACCGACUCCCGGCAGCAUCUCGCUUAUUUCCUGCACGACCCGCUGAUGGUCGACAAGGCGUUCGACGAGUACCCGCGACGGUUCAAAGAUAUGUACGGGAAGUAUGCCAUGAUGACUCGGCUGAAAAGUCGUCGUCGCACGGAUGGCGUAGCGAUGUACUUUGUGGAGUACAAAAACCGUGACAUGAGUGACAAUCACAAGGGCGAGGACUACACGACGGGACCUGAGCGCUUUUUUCUUCCCCCUCGUAUCGUUGAGACGGAGAAGGGCAUCCAACGGCCGCCGCACAUGCAGAUGGCGUUUGACCGAUGGGCGAGUAAAUUCAAAACAGAGGAGUUUCAUCAUUGGUGGCGUCUUCGCCAUGCGAAAAUGCGCUUCUGGGGCGUGCGCAAUGUUCCGCAUCCAAGUGACGUGGACCCGUUGUGGACGGAGAAGGAGGAGGAAGAGUGGCACAAUGAGAUGCUUGCCAACACGGGCGACUUUGAGGAUUUGGAUCUUGAAGAUGAUAACUUUAGUGCAACCGGUGAGGGUGGGGAGCCGUCGGCUGAUGAUGGGGCUGCUCCUGAACCGCGGCAACGGGCAUAA